UUCCAUGUUUUCUCGUUCUCUCCACAGCCGUUUUUCCGAAGCCCGCAGCCCACGAUGUCUCAGCGCAUGCCCAACCAGGGGCAGGCGACGCGCCAGAUGCAGGCGCAGUACGGCACUAGUCCUAACCAGCAGUACCCGUACAACACCAUGCCCCAGAUGUAUAUGCAGCAGCCCGGCCAGGGCACCUAUAUCCCACAGCCACAGCCCAUGGUCAUCCAGUAUCAAGCCCCUCAAGGCAUCAGGCCCCAGUACAUCACCACGUCUCAACAGGGUCAGUUUGUGGCGACCCAGCCGUAUUAUCAGACGGGACAAACCAGUCAGCCCACGCCCACGUCAGAGUACAGCUCAGCACAGACCACCACAGCGCCUUUCUUCCAGAAAACACAGAUACGACAACCUACACCCACUUUGUAUUACCCUCCCUCCAACCCUCAACAGAUGACACUACAGCAACCAGCGCGGCCGCCCUCUCAACCCUCAGCCGCCAUGACUCCGCAGCAAACGUAUCAGAAGCGGGAAAAGCGGAUCAUCCAGAUCGUGAACCCGAACACGGGCAAGGACAUCACGGAGGACAUCACACACAUCAGCGGCGCUCAGAAAUCAGGCACACCUCCGCUGUCUGACAGCUCUAGUGCCAGGGACACACCAACUAGUUCAAGUACACCGCCUCCAGCAGGCCUCAAUCAGAACGAGAUUGCAGCCCAGUUUGCGGCACAGGUGGCCGCCACGUUAAAGCCCGGCAUGCAGCACCCUGUUCCCAGGCACCCAGACCACGUUGGCAUGGCAACGGCAGAACCAGAGGACCCUACCAAACAAGAGGACGCAGUGCAGCAGCCCACGGUGGCCACCACCACCACCACCGCCGAAGGUGGAACAAACCCAGAGGAAGAUGACACACUCCAAGAGAAGGACGUGCCUCAGGAGACCACAACGUCUCCACAGCAGGUCACAGUCCCCACUGCAGCUAGCUCAGACGUUAAAGACACUAAGGAGGUGGCUGCUGCUCAAAGAGCCAGUGAGGUUAAGACGGCGGAAGUCUCUGUGUCUAGCGCCACAGAGGUUGAUGUGCCAUUGAGCACAGAAAGGACUAGUGCCCCUGUAGAGGGCGAUGAAAGGACUAGAGAUAGUAGUGCGGUUAGUGGUGAAAGCACAGUUGAUGGUGCUGCCCCAAGUAAAGGUGCACCUGCUGCGGCACCAGCCGUGAAAAGGGAAGAAAUUGCAUCUGUUGUCAAGGAACCAGUAACUGCUGUCCAAGAGACUCCAGUACCAGCAGUUGUUCCGGAUGAAGGCCGGAAGGCGUCCCUGACCAGGAAGCAGAAACAGCCAGAGCCGAGCCAGAAGGCAGAAGACAGGCCAGGAACUGACCUGGACGCCUCUGACAUGGAUCAGGCCUCCACUUCCCAGCAAUCCUCAGCUGACCAUGACAACUCCAGUAGUACUCCAGUAGUCAACAAUAUAGACAAACAACCACCACCCCCAGGGGAACAGAAGGGAGAGCACAAGUCCAGACCAGAAACUAAACAGGGUCCUCCCCUGUCGGGGAUUAGUUUACCCGCAGAAAUGGUCAAAACUGACUCCAGUGCAUCACAAGGUCUUCAAGGUCUCAGUUUACCCGCAGAAAUGGUGCGAACGACGACGACGACGGUGGCAGAUCAGCCUACAAAAGGGCUGUCUGGCCUCCAACUUCCUGCAGAAAUGAUGCGGUCGUCAGAAUCGCCUAAAGAAGUCGCAAAUGUGGAGCCCGAGGAAAAAGGAGACUCUGUAAAAAGCAAUGCAAAAGCGGAUGAUAAAGGUGACCCAGCCUCGGUGAGGCAGGUGGAAAUUGAGGUGGUUGAGAAAGACAAUGAAAAUAAUGUGGCGGAGGAAAACCAGAAAAAUAGUGCCAAAACAUUGGAGAGUCAACAGAAAGGGGAUCAGGCUCCACCCACUCCAGAGCUCAAAUAUGAAUAUAAAGAAGACCAGUGGAGCCCUCUGAACCCAGAAGGGAAGAAGGAAUACGACAGGGAGUUUUUGCUGCAGAUGCAGUUUUCUAGUGACUCCCUGACAAAGCCAGAAGGCCUACCAAAACUCCCUGAUGUGAUAUUAGAACGGCCUCACAGUCGCCCAAUGAAGGGAAACUUGUACUCCGGUGCUCACAGUGGAGGGGUGGACUUCACCCCUGGGUUCGUCAAGUCUGCCGUCUCUCCCAGGGGUCCUGGCGGGCCAAUGGGUGGAGGUGGUGGGAGUGGCGGCCGUCGUAGCCAGCAGAAGCCGCAAAAGGAGAUUAAGAUAAUCCGCAGUGUGCAGAUCAGUCAAGAGGCUCAGCUCAAACCCACCGAGAAUGCUUGGAAACCUGCCAAAAAGGAUAAUAACAAAGAGAAAGAUGAGGAGGCCAAGACGGAGGACUUACUGAGGCGUGUACGAGGUAUUCUUAACAAGUUAACGCCCCAGAAGUUUGCUGUGUUGAUGGAGCAGAUCCUGCAGCUCCCCAUUGACUCUGAACCCAAACUCAAGGGUCUCAUUGACCUAAUAUAUGAAAAGGCUGUGGAUGAGCCCAACUUCAGCGUUGCCUAUGCAAACAUGUGUAAACAUUUGGCCAGGCUCAAGGUGCCAGACGAGGCAGGUACAGGAAGAGAGGUGAACUUUAGGAAAUUAUUGCUCAACAAGUGCCAGAGAGAAUUCGAGCAGAAUAAUGAAGAUGAGACGGAGAAUGAGACAGAGAAGCAAAAGAAGCUUAAAGAACUCGAAGAGGCUGAUACGGAGGAGAAGAAAAAACUAAUCCAGAUGCAGAUAGAUGAAAAAGAGAUGAAGGCUAGGAGGCGGUCCCUGGGAAAUAUUAAAUUUAUCGGUGAAUUAUUCAAGCUAGAGAUGCUCACAGAGGCAAUUAUGCACAACUGUCUAUUUAAGCUGCUGAAGGCGGGUGAUGAGGAGUCUAUAGAAUGUUUAUGUAGACUAAUGAGUACCGUAGGCAAACUAAUAGAUCACCCCAAGGCAAAGCCCAAAGUUGACCAGUAUUUCAACCGUAUGAACCAAAUAGUCCAGCAGAGGAAAACUUCCUCCAGGGUGCGCUUCAUGCUCCAAGAUGUGAUAGAUCUGAGGCAGAGCAACUGGGUUCCAAGGAGAGACGAGACCAACCCCAAGACCAUCGACCAGAUUCACAAAGAGGCUGAGAAAGAGGCCGCAGAGAAGGCCCUAUUACGGGACCUGGCGCCUCAGCAGCACCAGAUGGGUCAACAGGGUCGCCCGCGCGGUCGUGAGAGGGGCGACAGAGGAGGCAACCAGCCCCAGCGUCAGGACGAGAGCGGCUGGAGUACAGUGGGCAGUGCUAAGGCCAGCAGGAUUGACCCAUCCAAGAUGAAGAUCUCUAAGCAACCAGUAGAUGACAAUAUCCAGUUAGGUCCGGGUGGACGGCCCGGGUUCGGCAGCUGGGGAAGGGGAAGCAGCGGAGGUGGCGCGGGGGCCAAGGCAUCCCAGGAGAACGAGCGUCCUUCCACCCCGAGCAACAGAUACGCCGCUCUCUCCGGGUCCACGGAUGGUCUGGAUCAAAGAGGGUUGGGAAGAGGUGCCGCUCGAGGUCUGGCGGCGCGUGACGCCAAGGGACGCGGGCAGAUGAUGCGGCCUGGUCGUCACAUGGGGAGAAUGUCACGGGAAGAAGAGAAAGAAAGUAGAGAGGGUGCUCUCAAUGCUGCUAGACAUCUUGCCAGACCAGCCUCCAGGGACAGCAGCUUGGAGGGCAGUAGUCGCGGCAACAGCCGAGAAAACAGCAAAACCAGGAUGACGGAGUCCCGUCCUUCACCUGUAGAGAAAGCCCCGUCACCACUAGCCCAGGAGUUAUCCAAGGCUGACAUGGAGAGGAAAACAAAAGCCAUAAUUGAUGAAUUCCUGCAUCUACAGGACAUAAAAGAGGCCAUAUUAUGUGUGUCAGAACUGAACUCACCAGGAAUGAUGCAUCAUUUUGUUUCCACCGCCCUGAAUCACGUGCUAGAACGAUCAGUGCAGGCGCGGCGGCACACGGGCCACUUACUGCACGACUUAGUCAAGCAAAAGUACCUCACCGUAGAUGCUUAUCUUAAAGGGCUCAAAGAAAUCCUAGAAUUUGCUGAGGACAUGGAGAUUGAUAUUCCAAAGAUCUGGGACUACCUUGGGGAGCUUAUAGGGCCCAUGGUACAAGAUGGCAGCAUACCCCUCAGCUUCCUACGUGACGCCUGCGAACUUCUCGUUGUGAGCAACAAGGCCGGCACGCUGAUUGCUGCCGUGCUCCACGACGCGAGUCAUAGAUUGGUGAGUUCGGAUACUCAGGGUCACAUCAGGAUAGGCGAACUGUGGGCCGCGUCUGGUCUGGCGUGGACGGACUUCCUGGCCAAGGGCUGCGACGUGGAGGCAUUUGUGAAGAAGCACAAACUGGAGUUCCUGACGAGUCCCGAGGUCCAGUCACCCAAGCCAGAGAAACCACUCACAGUGGAGCAGCUCCGCGAAGGGCUCAGUGAGAUCUUGCUGAAACGGCAAGCUGAAAAUGAUGAUGUUAUUGAUUGGAUUGAGGCCAAAGUCCCAGAGUCGGAAACCAAGAACCCCCAGUUUAUCAGAGUGUUAAUGACAGCAGUCUGCCAAAGUGCAAUACAAGGAACUGGCUCCCAUGCAACGGUGAAUGAGAGCGAGAUUGCCAAGCGUGCAUUAUUACUGACCAAGUAUUUAGACAACGAGGCGGAGCUCGAGCUUCAGGCCCUGUUUGCACUCCAAGCUUUAGUUCACUCUUUAGAACACCCUCCCAUGAUGCUUCAAAGAUUUUUUGAUAAACUCUACGAUGAAGAUGUGAUAUCAGAAGACGCGUUUAACCAGUGGGAUAGCAGUACGGACCCUGGGGAGCAAGAAGGCAAAGGCGUGGCACAAAAAUCUGUGGUACAAUUCUUUACUUGGCUAAGGAACACUGACGCUGAUACAGCAGAGGCAGAUUAAUGAGAGGGAGAAAAAAAACUUAUAGGAUUUAUAAAAUUCUGCAUCUCUGUUGAUGACGGUCCUUGUAAUUCAGCGCCGUAUGAUCAGUGUAUUCAUUUAUGUGUUACUAUGACUACUGCUUCCAUUCAAUGGGACUCUGGCGAGGACCCAAGAUGUGACGCUGAGAGCGCCGAUGUCAAAAAAACCCAGAUUCCUUGUGCAUUACUUCUUGCAGCGUCCCGUACACUUGGAUUACAAAAUAAGGAGAAACUUCAUCGAUUCUAGAGUCAAAAACUAUUUGUGGCAACAUGGUGCUAUUCUCUCCAGGUGACGCAUUCGUUUCAUAUGGUAUAUAGACAUAUAUAUAUAUAUAUUUAUUCCCAAGGUUUGUGAAGAUCAUGUCACAGACAAUGGGCGUUAAAUGUUCAAAGGAUGAUUGUUGUGUAUGCAUCAAACAUUUUCUUUUUGCUACACAAAAUUGAGUCUGACUGACUCGACAUUGUUGCAAUUUCCAUUUUUUACGAGGUUAAGGGCUUUUUUCACUCUAUAACAAAAACUUAUGGAUAAUCCAGAGACAAAAAAAAAUUGAAAAAUGAAAAACUUUAUAUAUAUACACACGCAUAUAUAAUGUUGUUGAUCCUCUGAAGGUUUAAAAAAAAAACCUUGGGGAGGGUGUAAAAAUUGAAUGUGAUAAAUUAUGAUACAACUAAAUUUAAGAAAUUCAGGUACAUAGACACCUCAUGUGCCUAGUAAUUUAUUGGAAUGGCAUUGCAGGAUGCGAGUGGUGCAACUAGCAGGUGAUGUUUAAGCUAGUAAUUGUAAGGACAAUUCCGUAUAUUAGUUUAACUAUCAUUUUCAAGAUGGCUGCCAUUGUUGUCUUGCAGCAGCUGAGGUUUAAUGCCUAUUCGACCCCAGUAUUGGGCGUAUAUAUAAUUGAUGUAGCCUUCGUGGGUGUCCGCUACAGGCAAAUUACCAGUUGUAUUGAUAGAAAUCUGCUCAAGUUACGAGCCAAAUGGGAGAGGAAGAAAUUUUUCCUUCACCAUUUUCAAGUGAAUUCCUUAUGGAGAAUGUCUUGCAAAUAAACAACAAAAGAGAAGAUUACACAAAGAAAUAAAAGAUUGUCACACCCCUGGACUUCAACAAAGCAAUAUGGGGAUGUAUACCAAUUCACUGGAUAUCCAAUGUGACAUAAUUAAUGUGCAAACUUAGUGACCUUGAGCGUAGUAUGACCUUGACCUCUGACCUGGAGCUGCCUACUGGGUGGGUGAAAACCUUGUGCAAAACGGAGCUGUGUAAAUAAAUGAGAAUUAAAAUGGAAAUUUAUAUUGG